ACAAGCUGAACGAACGAAGCAGAAGAAACAAAAAACAGAAACUGUUGCUUUCUUGCACGCACGUUCUCUUCCCAAAAGAGAAAACCCUUCAAAAGGAAUGGCUCAGUGUUCUAUUUGUUACGUUCCGUUUCCCUUUGCCUCGCUUUUCUGUUGAAGCACCCUUUUGCUUCCGAGGCUCCGCUUUGAACGUAUAAAACAAAGAUCAUGCUUGGAUAUUUGUCCCUGCUGCUUUGUCUUGGAUUGGUUAAUUUCGGUGUGUGUUUUGCUGAGAAGUUUGCUUGGCCGUUACGGUUUCUAGCUGUGUGCUCUGAAGCUUGAAGAAUCGGCUUAAGGAUAUUUGCCGCAGAUCUUGUUCUGCGUAGCAAAGGGUUGAUUCAUCUCUGAUCUCAGAAGUAACAAUGUCAAGUGGUGCCGAAUUAAGAAGGCACUCAGUUGGAAUAGAAAGCUCUGGAAAUAAUGAAAGAAAAGUUGUUGUUCCUCGUUAUCUCAGAGCAUCUAUUGGCUCCUGUCAUGAUAUUUGUAAAUAUGGGAGGAUGAAUGUGGAGGAAGCAAAGGAGACACUCUCCAUGCUUAAGAGAGCUGGAAGAAAAUCACUUUCUAGAAGUUCAGAGGACAGUAAUGGUGGGAUAACGAUAUCAGUUGCCAAACAGAAAGCUUCACUUCAUUCCAAGCCAACACAGAUUUCAACAGUGAAAAGCAGUGAAUCAGUUAAUUCUGUCAUUCAGAUUUCUGAUGACUCUGAAACAAAUAAGGUGGAACUCCAAUCAAAAUCAACUGGCAGCCAAAAGCAGAUAGGGAAUAAAGUUCUGGAAAACACGGGCAAAGCAUCACUGCUCAGGGCCGAAUCAUCAUUCCUUUCAAAAUCACACAUUUCUUCAAUCAUCGAAACAAGGAGAGGGGAAAAAUCUUCAAAUUUUGAGGGGGAGAUUCCAUCAAAACCAACUUCCAAAAGGGUGGAAUCUUCACCAGCAGCAACUUCUGAGAGGGUGCAAACUCAUCCCAAAUUAACUCCCAAAAUAGUCAAAGCUUCAUCAAAAUCUAUGUCUACGAUGAAGCAAGCUUCACCAAAGGUGUCUUCUUUUGAAGAUAAAGAAAUGCAGUUGUCCGAAAAGCAUGCUACUUCAAUGAAGAUCACAUCUUCUAUGAAUUCUUCUGAGGGACUUGGUGGCCAAAGGAUUAGUAAGAUUAAGUUAAAAAAGAGAAAAACCUCACCAAGGUCUUCACCCGGAGGCAUUGGAAGCGUUAGUGCAAGAAAGCACAGAGGCCUGAAAAUUGUGCCUCAUCUUAUGAAUCAACCCGCUAUAGGAGUAGAACCUGAAGAGCACAAUAAGGAGGCUCGGGAAAAGACUUUGUAUGUCAUCAAGAUAGAAAGUGCAAACCAAAGUCCACAAUCUGAUCAAAACGAAAGCCAGGAAAUUGAAUUGCCCCGUUCUAAUUCCUUAUCACCCUCCUCAGUUUCUCAAACCUCACCCCAAGAAGACCAAGAGGACUCUGAAUGUGCAAAUACUGAAUCUGAAGAGGAUGUUCUUCCCCAAAAUCAUGAAUUUGAAUACCAGGCUAAUGUGGAUACACUGGAAACUGAGGAGAAUGGAAGGACUCAAAAAGAUGUUGAGGUUGCUUUUUCUGAAGACAAGGACGGGCAAAAGUUGAGUGGAGAAUUAGCUGAAACUCAAAUUGAUGAAGAUAAUCUGAAAAUCCUUAAAAUGGAGGGAGGACAGGUGUCAAGGGACAACGGCACUGAUGCCAAGUCUGCUGCUAGAACUGGUCCAGAGAAGGUUGUUUUGAGACCUGAAGAUGUGAAGGACAAGAAAGAUGGAGAAGGAUUGUAUGAUAAUGUGAUUGAAGCAGCAGCAAGUAAGCUUGUUGAAGAGGGCAAGGUUAAAGCAUUGAUUGAUGCCUUUGAAAAUAUAAUAUCUCUUGAAGAGAAAAGGACUUUGGCAAACAUUUUCAACUGAUCUGGGUAGACAUUUUCCAGAUUUCUCUUACUCUAUAAAGAGAUGAUAGGAAAAUAAAUCCAAGCUUGUUGCAGUAAAUGUUAACCAACAAGCUGUUGGUUCAGCUGAAGUAAAGAUAGAUUGGCCUUGCCUGUAGAAAACCUGGGUGUGUAGAGUUGAAAGAGGAAUCUCUGUUCACCACCACUCAUUAGAUUGCUCAAAAUACUAUGUUCACUCUUUAUCCUGUUCUUGAAAUUCAUAUCUGUUGUUGUUAUUGA